AAAACAAGCCUCACACCACACUCUCCACAUUUUCUCCAUAGCCUCAAACUUUAAUUUUAUUUUAUUUUUUCCUUUUUCCCAUCUCAGGAAGACAAACACCUUCAACUUAACCCCUCCUUGUACUCACAACCUUAAACAAACUAGGUAGUAGGUACUAGAAAAUGGGUUGUCAAGCAUACUUCCCAAAUCCCCAACUCUCAUGCAAGCUUCCAAAAUAUAUACCAAACUAUCUAUCCCCACUUCCCAGACUCCAUCCAUUGAAACCCAGAUUAUUCCACCCAAUUUCUUCAACUACGACAGCCACUGAAUCUCCGGUUCCGACAGCCGAUGAUGUGGUGUACGAGGUUGAGUUUAGGACCCUAGGAGGCUGCAAGCUUGGGAUUUCUAGAUACCCGGAUUUCGAGUACAAUGCUGAAGGGGGGAGGGGGAAUGGAAGAGGGGUAAAGAAUGAAGAAGACGAUGAAAUAUCAGUUGAUUUCGAGUUGAAAAGCGUGUAUAUUCCUCCGUUGACCACCGCUACGACCAAGUUCUUGGGGCUGCCGUUGCCGCCGUUGUUGAAAAUUGACAUCGUGCCGGAGCUCUUCAGAGGCACCAUCAACCAAGAAUCAGGCAAGAUUGAUCUUGAAUUUCGGGCGAAGUUCUGGUUUUCAAUCGGGAGUGUGUACAGAGCGCCGCCAUUGGUAGUUGAAACAGUUCUUACAUCGGAGGAAUCGAAUGGAAAGAUGAAGAAAGGAAGAGGUGAGAGGCUGAAGAAUAAUGCAGAAUUGGAAGGUGGAAGUUGCAGGCUGGUUGGGGUGGCAACUGUCCAACCAAUUGAUGAUGUUUUCUUGAAUACUUUUCUUAGCCUCCCAACUGAAUGUCUUGCUGUUUUGAAUGCUUCCAUUUCAUUGUCCCCAACCUAGACAUUUUUAGGAAUUUCAUCCUAUGUAUGUACCCUGCAAUCUAACUACAAAUUAAAGUGAACUUCAUAUACAUAAAUAUUAUAUCCCUAUUACACUUUAAUUACUA